UGAGAGUGAAAGGCGCGCUGAGGUAGGAGGAAUCAUGUCGAUCGGAGUUCCCAUUAAAGUGCUUCACGAGGCUGAGGGCCAUGUGGUGACCUGCGAGACCAACACCGGCGAGGUUUACAGGGGAAAACUCAUCGAGGCUGAGGAUAAUAUGAACUGCCAGAUGUCCAAUAUCACUGUCACCUACCGGGAUGGGCGCGUGGCUCAGCUAGAACAGGUCUACAUCCGUGGAAGCAAGAUUCGCUUCCUGAUACUACCUGAUAUGCUGAAAAAUGCACCCAUGUUAAAGAGCAUGAAGAACAAAAACCAGGGAACUGGGGCUGGCCGAGGGAAAGCUGCCAUCCUCAAAGCUCAAGUGGCUGCUCGAGGGCGAGGCCGUGGGAUGGGCCGUGGAAACAUUUUUCAGAAGAGGAGGUGAGGCAGUCUCUGCCUUUUCUCAUUACCCAGGAGGAGUUCCAGGAUUUCUUUGUGUAUUUUUAUUUUAUAAUUCCGUAGAAUGACGAAGUCUGGUUUGUUUAGAUAUGUUGCCAAUAAAAUGUUCUUUUCCAUA